CAUAAAUACUUCUAGUACUGGAAGAAAUGAAAACUUUAGUAGACAAUUUUAUCUGCUUUCUUCAGCAUGGGAAAGCGAAUACAUUUCAGCCCACACACGUUAGCGCUAAUCAUGAAGCGCAAGAGCACGUAGAAAAAUCUGACGAAAACAAAAUCUAUCGCGGGGCAGAUGCGAUGUUCGAAAAUUACUUGCCGGCUGCUCUACGAGAAAAUGUAAGAGACAAUGUAACAAAUCUAAAAAAAUCGACAGAUUUGAACAAGUCUGUUGAUUUCACAGUUUUUUUAAGAAAUAAAUCGUCGCAAUUAUUGCGGAAGAUAUCGUGGCGACAUUCGCUACAAUUCAGUUUCCCCGACAAACCAGAGACCGUAGCUCAAGAAUAUGAACAUGCGUUAUUUAACGAUGGGAAAGUUGCUGACGCGAAGUCACAAAUGAAUGGAACAACUCGAGUAAAUCAAGAAAUUUUUCCUGGACAGGAAACGACGAAAAACUGCAUAGCGUCUUCAGAAUUCAAUGUCGUCAGCGGUCGCGAUGCCUUGGCAUUGACAGAAAGAAGACUUGGCACCUCCCUCGCUUGCUCGUGCCUGCCAAACAUGAGGCGGGUUUUCGACAUCUCUGAUUGCAGAGACACCUCAAGCUCAAGAGUUCGAGGCACUCAUGCAUGGUCAUCUUUUGGCCAUGGCGGCUCGUUUUAUGGUGAAAUAAUUAGCGACAAGGCCUCUAGUCCCAACCUUAUGGACGCCGCUGUCUUGGCGACCUCUGCUGCUGAUGCAGAGCUGGUGGAUGCCCCCCAAAACGAGCUUCGGUUACCGAAUACUCUGCACCGAUGUGGCACUUCUUUAUGUUUAUCAGAAUUGGGAACUUAUCCGCCUCUAGCGUCAUGUAACUUCGAACAGGAAGACGCAGAUAGAAUUUCUCGGGCAUCUGACUCCGUAAGGCGGUCAGAUCCGAUGCCAAUCACUUCUGUGCGGAAUAACGGAUCCUAUCCGCAUGAACCCAUAGUUCUUGAUUCAACGGGUAGUAUGGAUGAAGAUUAUAAUGAUCCUAUUCCUGGUGCAAAUGAACUUCACACUUCAAGCCCAGUUCAACAUUUUUCUCCAAUUGAGACUUGGCAAUCACCCACUAUACAAGAGUACGAUGUAUGUGGGUUCGAAAUUAAAUACGAAUUCGAUGCAGUAGUCGGCUGCUUCCAGAAUCCAACUCAAGAGAAUGACAAAAGAUCUGAGAAUAAACCAAUCGCUGAAGUUAGAAGAGAGUGGUCUGUUGACAAAACCUCCGCCCAGGAGCAUUAUUCAACUGACGAAAAUAAUACACUUCAUCACAGCCUAACUGCUGUUGAAACUCCCACUGUGUGGGUUACUAGAGUCACUGACUCUCGAGAAUGUUUCCACGAAAGAGAAAACGAUAAUAACAGUAUUAAAUUUUCUCCUAAAUGUUACAUCGGAUCCCAAAGUGACCUAAGGGAUGACAAAGAUCAAACAGAAACGGAACAGAUUUCCAUUUCACCCGAUGACGAUAAACUCGCUCCUCAUUGGGUAGCAAAGCGAUCCCAAUCUCUAAAAUUAAGUUUGUCCGGCAGCAAAUCUGAGAGCCGACUCAAAACUUUGUUUAGUCCGCGUUAUUCAUUUUCUCUUGAUAGAAAGAGUAGACAGAAGAAUUAUUGUCACUCGCGAAGUUUUUCUGGAACCCUUAGCAGACUGGGAAGUUUUGGACCCAGCAAUCUUAGUCUUAGUUCUUUUUUCACCGAUGCAGAGGCUGACGAUAGUAAGUCAGAUGACAGCAUUCAAAUGGACACCGUUGAGUCAGGCCUUUUCGACGUCUUGGAAGAGGAAGUUUCUCUUUCAAAAAGUUUACCAGAUGAUUCUUGCUAUUUGUUUGCGAGGGACUAUAUUCCUACGAAUACCAGUUUUUACGAAAAUUUGAGAAGUAGUUUUCGUUCCCGAGCAAGGGGCCGUCGUUGUCGGUCUCAAAGGAAAAGGAGAAAUAUCUUCAAUAAGAAAUCAUGUUUUAAACCGUAUCCAGAUUCUUCGCCAUUCUUCACUGGAGGACGGAUAGGUUUUCAUAAUCAUAAAAGUGAGGCCCCAAGCUGGCGACUGUGGGGAGAAGAGAGGGUCGAUGGCGCCAUAUACACGGUCUACCUCAAGAAAGUUCGAUAUCAUCAUCCCUCGCGGUCCAUCACUCAGGAGACAGAAGAUGACGAUAUCUCGCACCUGGAGUGGGAGACGGUGCGAGUUUGGUUCCUCAAAGCGGGCACUCUUGAGAAGCUCAUCGAGAGUCUCGCGUCCACUGAGACUGGUGAGCUCGAGAGCACCUUCGUCAACGUCUUCCUGGCCACCUUCAGGACGUUCUCGACGGUGCCCCAAGUGCUCGACCUCAUCCUCGAACGCUACCUCGCUCUCAUGGACCCUCUCAAUGAAGAGGUCAAUGUUCCUGAACAUCUCAGAGAGGAACAUAAGAAAGCCCUGCGACUCACGCUGCAGGUGUGGCUGGACAUGUACCCUGAAGACUUCAACUCGCCGCCAGACUACGCAUGUCUGCGUAAACUCAAGCUCUUCACGGAGCAACAUCUCAGGGACUCUGACCUGCAUGUCAAAGCUCAGUACAAACUCGAGAAGAUGAUACGCGAACAACAAGAAAGUGAAUCUAGUCUAUCAGGAGUGGUGUCAUGUGAUGACGUCAUCCUGCACUGCGGGAGGGCCAAUGGAGGUCUCAUCCACCUCUCCUCCCCCGUGCCGCCCCCCUACUCCUCCUUCACUGAUAUUCCCGUUACAGUCUUCGCUAAUCAGCUCACCAGGAUGGACAUGAUAUUAUUCCGGAACGUAAUCGCCCACCAGUGCCUGGGCAGUAUCUGGGGGCGCCGCGACAAGCACAGCAAAGGCACGGGGCGCGGCGGCGAGGCGGCCACCGUCACCGCCACCGUCGACCAGUUCAACGCUGUCAGCUUCCGCGUCCAGUCCACCGUGCUGCUUAAUACUGAACUCCGGGCCACAGACAGGGCCAAGUUACUAGUCAAGUGGAUCGAUAUAGCGCAGGAGUUACGUAUUUUAAAGAACUUCUCUUCGUUGAAGGCCAUCAUAGCCGGCCUGCAAUCUAAUCCAAUCUACCGACUCAAGAAAGUCUGGGCUUGUGUACCUAAAGAAAAGUGUGAAGUAUACGAGGAGCUAGCACGCAUAUUUAGUGAAGAAAACAACAGACUAAACCAAAGAGAGCUUCUGAUGCGCGAGGGCACAGCUAAGCAUGCGCAGACGGCGCACGCCAACGACAGACAUCUGCCCAAAGCGAUCGAGAAGCACGCUAACAACCCUCUCGCUGUGAACCACGGCACCAUUCCGUACCUGGGGACAUUCCUCACCGAUCUCAUGAUGAUAGACACGGCCAUCCCCGACACCGUGCACGACGGUCUCAUCAACUUCGAUAAGAAGAGAAAAGAAUUCGAAGUGCUGGCCCAGAUCCGGCUGCUGCAAGGCGCGGCGGCCGCGUACCAGCUGGAGCCCGACGUGCAGUUCGACCAGUGGUGGGACUCUGCGCUCGUGCUGGACGACAAAGAGUCGUGGCGUCUGAGCUGCGACAUCGAGCCUUAUGAGCCAGCCAACCAGACGGCUAAUGCUGCCAGGGAAAACAGGAUCAAAAAACGAGCUGCCCAGCUGGGUCACAAAAAGAACGAUAGCAUCGCUAGCACGUCGAGCGGGUCCUCGAACAGCCAGUUCUUCCUGGACACAGACUCUACCAACAACACAACUCCCGCCCAGGACUCGAACGCCUCUCGUGUUCUCAGGAAGAUGUCCACUAGCUCCACCAACUCCUCGCAACCUUCUCUAGACGCGUCUCUACAUUCCAACGCCACAACGGCGUCCGUGAACAACGUUCACGAUAUCACAGCCAAUACAAGGGAUCCUCAAAUUAGCCCUGUAGAGGCACCUGAUUUAGGCAAUCUUAUAAAUGCAUCUCAAGAGCACGCGGGAGAAGCGGAAGAUCACGCACAUGCACCUACAGCUGUCAUGUCUAGCUGUUCUACCCAUAACUCUCUUUCCAAUACCUCGAUGACUUCUAAUACGUCUUUGUCCAACGCAUCGACGUCUUUGUCGAACGUAAUGCAGAACAGCUUUAGUAACUCAAGUGGUCAAGUUUCUCUCAAUGCAACCAUGUCCUCGGCUAAGAGCUCUUCUAGUGCAGGAGGAAACACUGCAUUGGAUAAAAGCAACAAUGUGCCUGUGAAUCCGUACAUCACUCCUGACUUCUAUAUAAUUAAAGUGUCUCUGGAAAACAAUGCCCAGGAAUCGGAUGGAGUGAACCUGUACAAAAGUGUCAUGGUGACGAACAACGAGCGCACAGCCAGCGUCGUGAAGGCGGCCAUGGAGAAGCACGGCAUUGACGAGCCUCCUGACGACUACACGCUGGCGCAGCUCCUGCCCCAUGGAGAAAUGAUCUUGCCAUCAUCAGCUAACGUAUACUACGCCAUCAGCACCGUGCACGACCUGAACUUCGUCUUACGCAGACGGCGACACGGCGACGAGAACACAGUCAUACGACGACACGCUGACAAGGAGAGUAAAACUCGCAAGAAAUUACCUCUAUGAGGACUUCUUCUCCAUAGCGUCUUCUAUAUAAUAACUUAGUGCAAAUAGACUUUAUAAUUUUUCUACUCAAUCGUCCAAUGCACCCGAAUUGAUGCUGGUGUUCCAUGUUGUCAGUGGGUUACAGUAAUAUAUAAUUACUGAGAGGAGCUUUUUGAAGAUAUCGUGUUUUUUUCAAGCAUUAUUACGUAUAUCUUGAAAUAUCUUCGUCCAAUACAAAAUGCGUCCGCCUGCCUUAUGUAGUAACUGAAGUAAAUAGUUUAGUAGCGUGUAUAUUUAAAGUUAUAAUAGGUGACGCAUGAUGAGUAACUUUAAUAACGAUUCUUUGACUGACUUUCAGCAUUGAUGUUUGUUGGAUUAAUUAUUUAACUUUCUUUCGAUAGGUUUUCUUGAAUCCUGUGUUCUCUUCCACAUUGUAUUUGCGUUGAUUAUUUGCCA